UUCAUUCACUUCUUAAUUCAAGUGCAGUCACUAAUACCCAGGCACUGUUUUCGCCCCUGGGAUACAGCACUGCACAGAACAGUUCCUGCCCUUUGGAGCUUAAAUCCUUAAGUGGGAGAUAGACAGUAAACCAAUAAAUAUAUCAGGUGUCAGAAGGUGACAAAAACUGUGAAGAAAGAUAAAGCAGAAUAAAAUAAAGGAUGAGAAAUGAGAGGAGUCCUCAGCCAUAUGGAUGUGGGCCAAGGGAGCAGAGAACAGCUAGUAUAAAGGCCCUGUGGUCAAUGACCUCACGUGAGUGAGGAGCUAGGGCUGGGAGAGGGGUCAGGGCGGAAGGUAGACCUGAGCCUGUGCUUUUGUUCUGGGGCGGGGGACAAGGGUGGCUGGGAGGGCUGACUAAGCGACUAACACAUUAUGGCGCGGUUCCUGGGGCUGCGGCCGGUGCCCCUUGGGAGAACGUGGUAGCCAACACCACACCGGAAGGGGUGGAGCGAACAGGGUCUGUCGAUGGGCUCUGAGGGCAGGAAGGAAGCCCUGGGUGACACUGGAGCACCCAAGUGCCUUUGGCCUAGCUGGGAUGCCCUGGCAAGGCUGGAGGGACCAGACGCAGAGUUUGAGGCGAGGCUCCUAAUGGUAGCUGUGUGCAGGUGCUGGAGGGUGUCUGUUCCACCCUGCCCCAGCUGCAGGGGUCUGCCCAGUUGUGUCCCUAGGACCCCAUAGCCCCACCUCCUUCCACACAGGCCUCAGGCCCUGUGGUCAUUACCCAUGCGGGUUUCGAGCAGGGGGGCCAAAACAGGCACCAUGGGUGGAGGUUGAAUGUGGGCCGGGAUUUUGGGGGGCGGGGGAGGGGGCCGGAGUGUUAGUGUCACCCCAGCUGUCUGGGAUCACCAACUUGUGGUCCUCGUGCCAGGUGGUUUCACCCCAACAUCAGUGGAGUUGAAGCAGAGAGGCUGCUCCUGUCCAGGGGCCAGCACGGGAGCUUCCUGGCAAGACCCAGCAAGAGCUGCCCAGGGGCCUUCACGCUGUCUGUCAGGCGCCAUGAUGAGGUGACACACAUCAAGAUCCAAAACACGGGCGACUACUAUGGCCUCUACGGAGGGGAGAAGUUUGCGACGCUGGCCGAGCUGGUGCAGCACCACACAGGCCAGCACGGGGGGCUGCUCCGCGAGCGUAGCGGGGCCCCCGUCGAGCUCCGGCACCCACUGGGCUGCCGGGACCCCACAUCUGAGCGGAGGCCGAGCAGCUGCUGAUGGCAAAAGGACAUCCAGGCACCUUCCUGGUGCGGGAGAGUCGGAGCAAACCCGGGGACUUCGUGCUGUCGGUGCUCACGCAGCCGCUGGACAAGGCAGACCGCCGGCCGCGGGUCACACACAUCAUGAUCCGCUUCCAGACGGCACGUAUGACGUGGGAGGUGGGGAACGGUUCGACACCCUCAGAGACCUGGUGGAGUGCUACAAGAAGAACCCCAUGGUGGAGAAGUCGGGGGUCGUGGUGCACCUCAAGCAGCCCCUCAAGGCCACGAGGAUCAAUGCCGCAAGCAUCGAGAGCCGAGUACAGGAGCUCACCGGGGCCACUGACGCCGGCGAGAAGGCCAAGCAGGGCUUCUGGGAGGAGUUUGAGAUGCUGCAGCAGCAGGAAUGCCAGCUCCUGUAUCCCCGGAAGGAGGGACAGCGGCUGGAGAACAAAGCCAAGAAUCGCUACAAGAACAUCCUUCCAUUUGAUACCACCCGUGUCACCCUGCAUGACGUGGACGACAGCGUGCCUGGAGCCAACUACAUCAACGCCAACUACAUCAGGAGUGAUCCAGAAGAGAAGCCAGGCCAUGGACAGGGCAAGGUAUACAUCGCUACCCAGGGCUGUCUGCAGACCACAGUGGCGGCCUUCUGGGCGAUGGUGCACCAGGAGAACACACGUGUCAUUGUCAUGGCCACAAGGGAGGUGGAGCGAGGCCGGAACAAAUGUUUCCGAUAUUGGCCAGAGCUGCAUGGCCGCCAAGAACAUGGCCGUGUGUGUGUCUGCAACUUGGCUGAGUACCAGGCCCAGGGCUACUGUGUGCGGGAACUGCAGGUGUGGCGGCCAGAUCAGGGGGAGCCACCGCGCACAGUGAAGCACUACCAGUACUUCAGCUGGCCAGACCACGGGGUCCCGGCCGAGCCGGCCGGCGUCCUCGACUUCCUGGACCAAGUGAACAGGGCACAGAGCAGCAUGCCAGGGGCCGGACCCAUGGUGGUGCAUUGCAGCGCCGGCAUCGGACGCACUGGCACCAUCAUCGUGAUUGACAUCCUGGUGGACAUCAUCCGCAGGCAGGGUCUGGACUGCGACAUCGAUGUGCCCAAGACGAUCCAGCUGGUGCGACGGCAGCGCUCGGGGAUGGUGCAGACCGAGGCGCAGUACAAGUUCGUGUACCUGGCGCUGCAGCGGUACAUCCAGGACGAGCAGCUGCGUCUGCGCGGGCAGCCGCCAGAAGAGCACGACCAUCUGAACGCGGGCCUCGCGUCGGCAGACCCGGGCCGCAGCCCUGGGCCCGCGUCGUCCCGGGCACCGGCGGCGACCCCAGAGGGCCCCGGCGGCGGCGUGUAGAGAAGCUGCGGGGCCUCGGGCGGUGACGGUCUUCGCGUGCGCCGCCCCCCCACCCCCCAGGGCCUGGAGCCGCGGCUGGAGGCGGGAGCCAGCAAGACGCACUCCUCAAAAGACUGUGCUCAGCACUGUACAGCCCGGAGCUUGUCCCUGAGUGCUGGGGGAGGGGUCCCGGAACCCUCAGACCCUCCCUGGCCUGGGCCUGGAUGCCUAGAAAUGGGGAGGGUCACUCGGGAGCCCCGAGUGCCCCUGCCCUUUCUGGGGCUCCCAGGUGAGGGAAGAGGGGGAAGCAGGGCUUCAGGGCGGUGGUUCGUCGCUCACCGGGGGGCCACCAGUCACCACCCGCACAGCACAGUGACCAGUGCGACCCCACGUGUGCCACGUUUGAGUGUCGGCCUGUAUGUGUGACGUGAGUCACCGACGAGCAAGUGGCCAGUCUGCUUGACGGGACUGUAGCCGUUGGCGUUGUGCCUAGCUCCCCUGUACCCCAACCACCCCCCUUCAGAGCUGGUCUUCAGCCCGACCCACAGCACAGGUUACAUGUGGAAAAUGCUUCAUCAGGGAAUGUGUGAGAUGCCCGUGUGAGUGCGUGUGCGACGUCACGUGCCUGGCGUGGGUCUCACGUGUGGACUGGUGUGUGUGACGGGUGUGAUGUCGCCCGCACGCAGUCUGUGGCCACACCCUCCCAUCUCGGAAGGCCCUGUGGCUUUGUGGGAUCCUCAAUAAAAUGCCUCGUUCUC